AUGGGAUGGCCGGAUAGGCAACAAGACAAAAGAGAAAUGGAUUUAGGAGAAAAUGGGUUGGGUGCGGUACACUAUAAAUUCAGCCUUAACCAACUCCCAAACAUCAUUUUCAAAAUCAUCAAAAUAGCAGUGGAGGCUUUAAAAGAUCAAGUUGGAUUGUGUAGAUGGGAUUACCCAUUGAGGUGUUUGGCACAACACACAAAGAAUAACAUGAGAUCUUACUCUCAAGCUAAGAAACUUUCUUCUUCACUUAUUGCAAAGAGUGAAAAGGCAGAGCAAGCUGAAGAGUCUUUGAGGAAAGUUAUGUACUUGAGCUGUUGGGGUCCAAAUUAACUAAUCUUUAUUAUAGAGAAACUUCCAUGUCAUUUUUGCAGACAUGA